AAGAUAUGCACGUUAUUUUAAUGUGCGUUGGGGAGUUUGCAGUUUUAAGAGUGAGUUUGAGUUCUUGGAGGUCGAGCCGUUCUUGAUUUUUUUUUUCUCCAUUUUUAGCAGAAUCGGAUCCCAUCAUCAAAAAGCUCAACUGAAAUUAACUGAAUAAAGAAACCCCAGACACCCAAAAACAUCAACUUCUUUCCUUCUUAUUCUCCUCCCAUUUUCACACCUUUCUCUGCAUUGAAGAAGGGAGGUGGAAAAUGAAGUUUGAGGCUAGCAAGUGAGGAUUAACACUGUUGAGUUGUAUGAAGGCAAGAAAUUGCAGAAGUAGUUCUGUGCUGAAUGCCUUUGUCCUGAGCUCAUGAGAACAUUCCAGGAUCUUUCCAUCAGUCUAGUUUGGAACUGAAAACUCUUUAGCAUUAUGCAUGUCUGGCCCUGUGGCCAUUGCUAAUAAGGUUCAAAGGGCACUCUCUUUAUCCGACAGGACAAAAUCUCUUGAUUCCAUAGUAUCUAAUGAAAAAAUCCGCUUAACUGAAUUAAAUGGAGAGGUUUCUCAUGCUUCUUCCGAGAGCAACGCCUUUAGAUCUGGAGAAAUCUUACUGCCUAAUGGAGAAUCUUACUCAGGCUCCCUGCUUGGCAAUAUGCCCGAGGGUUCAGGGGACUACGUCUGGGCAGAUGGUUGCAAAUAUGAGGGUGAGUGGAGACGGGGGGUGAGGCAUGGAUAUGGAAAACUUCAAUGGUCAUCUGGUGCUGUUUAUGAGGGUGAGUUUGCAGGUGGUUAUAUGCAUGGCACUGGGACAUAUACAAGACCGGACAAUUUGAUCUACAAGGGCCGGUGGCGGUUGAACUUAAAGCAUGGUUUGGGGUAUCAAAAUUUUCCAAACGGAGAUGUGUUUGAAGGAUCAUGGAUUCAGGGAACCCCUGAAGGACCGGGUAAAUACACAUGGGCUAAUGGAAAUGUGUAUUUGGGUAAUAUGAAGGGGGGUAAAAUGUCUGGUAAAGGAACUCUUACUUGGAUCAAUGGUGAUUCAUUUGAAGGAAGCUGGUUAAACGGUAUGAUGCAUGGCUUCGGUGUAUACACAUGGACCGAUGGUGGCUGCUAUGUUGGAACUUGGACCCGGGGCCUGAAGGAUGGAAAAGGUACGUUCUAUCCCAAAGGCAACAGGCUUCCGGCUGGUCAGCAGUUAUACCUUAAUGCUUUGAGAAAACAAGGAUUGCUGCCUGAUUUUAGAAAACAAAAUCAGGUUUCCCAUAUUCAACAUGCAACGUCUGUAGAUAUGGGAGAUGUUAAGGUUGGUCGGAACCAGGUUUCCGUCCGCAACUCAUCUGAUAAACUCUCUAAGGGAAGCCUAUUAAAUAUGGAACAAUCUCGCAACACAAAUGUUUCCCUGGAAAGACGUUGGAGUCUUGAGGUAUCUAUUGAGAAAGUUCUGGGGCAUGCUAGGUCAUCAAGUGUGUCUGAAGCUAUGUUAGAUGGCGGAGAUAAUGAGGAUGACAUGAACCCUCCAAUCCUCGAAAGAGAGUACAUGCAAGGGGUACUAAUCAGUGAGCUUGUAUUAAGUAAUCGCUUUUCACCAUCAUCUAGAAGAGCCAAAAGGCGACAGAAGAGACUUGCGAGAGAGAUUAAGAGACCAGGUGAACAAAUUAUUAAAGGCCACAGGAGUUACGAUUUGAUGCUAAGUUUGCAGCUUGGAAUCAGAUAUACUGUGGGAAAAAUUACUCCCAUACACAGGCGAGAAGUCAGGGCGACUGAUUUUGGUCCUCGUGCCAGCUUUUGGAUGAACUUUCCUAAAGAGGGGUCACAACUGACACCUCCCCAUCAGUCUGAGGAUUUCAAGUGGAAAGAUUACUGCCCAAUGGUUUUCAGGGAUCUCAGAGAAAUGUUUAAGAUUGAUGCUGCCGACUACAUGAUGUCAAUAUGUGGAAAUGAUGCCCUAAGAGAACUCUCAUCUCCAGGGAAGAGUGGCAGUGUCUUUUUCCUGUCUCAAGAUGAUCGUUUUAUGAUCAAAACAUUGCGAAAAUCCGAAGUGAAGGUUCUGCUGCGGAUGCUCCCAAACUAUCAUCGUCAUGUGCGCAGAUACGAAAACACUCUUAUAACAAAAUUUUUUGGUCUCCACCGGAUUAAACCCUCCAGUGGUCAGAAGUUCCGUUUCGUAGUAAUGGGAAAUAUGUUCUGCACGGAGUUAAGAAUCCAUCGAAGAUUUGAUCUGAAAGGUUCUUCAUUAGGACGGUCUGCUGACAAGGUUGAAAUUGACGAGAAUACAAUACUUAAGGAUCUGGAUUUAAAUUACUGCUUUUAUUUGGAACCAUCUUGGCGGGUUGCCCUUCUACAGCAGAUUGAAAUAGAUAGCAAAUUCUUGGAAUCAGAGAACAUAAUGGAUUACAGUCUAUUGCUAGGUGUUCAUUACCGAGCACCGCAACACCUACGAUCUCUAAUGUCUUACAGUCAGCGUAUGUCAGUGGAUGGAUUGGGGAUUGUUGCUGAAGAUGAAUCAAUGGAGGAUGAAAUAUCUCCGGAAGGCCUUGUUUUGGUCCCUCGUGGUACUGAUGACAGUAGCGUGGUUGUGGGACCACAUAUCCGAGGUAGCCGAUUGCGAGCAUCAUCUUCAACUGGGGACAAGGAAGUUGAUCUUCUCCUUCCUGGUACAGCAAGACUCCAAAUCCAGCUUGGAGUGAAUAUGCCAGCAAGAGCAGAGCAUAUUCCCGGCGGUGAUGAUACAGAGAUGUUUCACGAGGUUUAUGAUGUUGUCUUAUACUUGGGUAUUAUUGACAUCCUGCAAGAAUACAACAUAAGUAAAAAGAUUGAACAUGCAUAUAAGUCCAUGCAGUUCGAUUCAGUAUCAAUCUCUGCUGUCGAUCCUUCAUUCUACUCUGAACGCUUUUUGGAUUUCAUUAAGAAGGUUUUUCCACCAAAUGCUGUGGUGGGUUUCGGACCUGAAUGAUUUCUGUGCUUGCGGCCGACCAAGUUCUUUUUCCCUCCCCUUCAAUCCUCUGAAAGCCAGCCAUUCGAUUCCAUUUUGAGUGGCUCCAAAGUUCAUGUGCUAUUGUCUGUAACGAGGUUAAGCAGAGCUAAUUUAGCCAUUUCUGAGUCCAUGCCUAAAUUCUGUAGUUUUAUUAUUGUAUUAUGCGACUUUUGGUAAAUAAAUCUUCGAUUUUGGUGCUAAGCAAUUGGCAACUUAA